AUGAAUGUUGAAAGUUCACACAAAAUCACACAAAAUUCUGAAUUUUUUGACGCUUUUGAAAACAUAGAUGACCUUCUCGAUCCAUCGGAAUCUGCAUCAGUCUGCAUGGUUUCGAAAAAACCUCCAAAAGAAAAGAGUUCUUCCAAUUCCUUUGACAUCUACACAAGGCAAGAGACUCAGUCCACCUAUUACACCAGCCACCGGUCAUCAGGUCGAGCUGCGGACCUGAAAUUGCCCCCAUCUCUCCCUCUUUACAAAAAGAGCACAAAGCCUCUAUACGCUAGAAAUUUCACAAAUAUUUGUCUGGCUCAAGAAAUCGAUCUAAUACAGACUGCUGAAAGUAAGCACUGAAUUUUUAAAUUUUCGCCUGACUGCAAAGCCUUGGCUGUAGCAGGAGGGUCUGGGGUUAUAUGUGUGUAUGAAAUAUUCCCAUGCGGUUCAAAUGCGUCUCAACUGAUAGCGAGUGUGCCUAGCGUUAUAAUGGCAGAGCAUGUAGAGGCGAUAACAGAAAUCAAUUGAAACUCUAAUGGGUUACUUAUAAGUUCUUCGUUAGAUGGCACAGUCAAGAUUUGGAAUAAAUACACAGAGCACUCUUUAUGCACCUUAGAGUGCUCGAAGCGUGCUUAUUCUGCAUGCUUCCACCCUAUCUAUCCUGAUUAUUUUGCAGUAGCAAGCCAUGAUAAUUUACUUACUCCCCCUCUGAGCGAAAAAAAAAAUUUGUUCGAUCACAGAGAGGGAGUUAUUUUUUUUUAAAAAUUAUAUAUAAAUUUUAUAGUAAAUCUUUUUUCCGAAAUUUAUAAAAAAUUCCAAUUCGUAUAAAUUGAGAAGAAAAAAUUAUUUAAUUUGCGAAAUUUAUGCUUUAAAUUGCAAACUGUUUAAAAUUUAAAGAGAAUUAGCUACAGAUUUCAUUAUACUAAUCAUCACUUAUAUUAAAAAAAUUUUUAAUCGCUCACAGAGGGAGGCUCCGGGAAAAAAAAGGUUUUUCCCAUGGUAUCGUUCGCCCACGAUGGGGGAGUUAGAGUUAUGAAAUACCCAGAACUUACUAGUGAAGGCUUUUACCAUGUCUCACAAAAAGUAAUGUCCCUCUGCUAUUCAAAAAAUGGAAAUUUCUUAGCUGCUGGGCUGGAAAGAGGAGAGGUUUUGAUUUAUGAGUCUAAAAUUGACUGCAAGCUGAGGCUCAAAUAUAAGCUAAAAUGUAAAAAUCGAUUUGGGCUGAAGGUUUUAGGAAGAAAAGUGGUAGGCUUGCAGUUCAUGGACGACGAUUAUAUAUUAGCAACUACCAAUGAUUCGAGAAUCAGAUUAUUUAGGUUCAAAGAAAGCUUGAUGGUGCAGAAGUAUAAAGGAAAUUUAAAUUCAAAGUGUCCGAUAAGGGCUGAUUUAUCCUAUGAUAAAAAGUUUCUUAUUUCUGGGUCAGAGAAUGGGCUGUUUUAUAUCUGGAAUUCGUUAAGAGCCUUUGAGAAAUCUCUAGGGAAAAACGGAGAGUUCGAAAGCUACGAUGCGCGAGGGGUGAAAAAGCCGGAAUUUUCAUGCUUUGCUCCUGAAAAGAUCGUAAAAGCAGUCAAAUCAAAAUACAAAGCAGAAACAGGCCAAAAAGUGAAAUACGUGAUAUUAUCAGCUGGCUCACAGUCUAAUUUAAGGGUGUUUUACAGCCUAGAGUAA